GUGAAGAUGCGAUGGGGAGCAUUCAAUUAAACAGAGUGAUAAUCGCCACAAUUAGUGAACUACAGGCAGUGGUGGCGGACGUAUUUUUUCAAGGGCGUCGUGAUAUCAAAUUAGCGAGCAAUGGCCGAAGAAAUUCCCUCGAUCGAAUCGCUCGUGAAGGCGGCAACGGAAGUUUAUCAACAGGAAUUCAACAGCAGCCCCGACGUUUCUGUCUGCGCCCCGGGACGAGUGAAUUUAAUUGGGGAGCAUACUGAUUACAACGAUGGACUUGUUUUACCAAUGGCCUUACCGUUGGUUACGGUCAUAGUCGGUAGCAAAAUUUCUGGCUAUUACUCCGUCGCCUUAACGACAAACGAGGAUGUUGAUACACCUAAAAGAGUUGUCAUAGAAAUGCCCGAUAAACGCGCUUUGAUGUCCCGUUGUGCACCCGGUAAACCAAAAUGGGCGAAUUACGUUAAGGGAGUAAUCGUCAACUACAAAGGUGAAGCUCCUACCUUUCAGGCCGUGAUCAUCUCCAGCGUACCAACAGGUGGUGGUCUGUCCAGUAGUGCCGCUUUAGAGGUGGCUACCUACACAUUUUUAGACGCACUAAAUGGUGUCAAUGAUAUCCUACCCAAGGAUAAGGCUCUGGCGUGCCAGAAGGCCGAAAACGGCUUUGUUGGAAUGCCUUGUGGCAUUAUGGACCAAUUCAUCUCGGUGAUGGGAAAAGAAGGCAAUGCGCUUCUUAUAGACUGUAGGACAAUGGUGCCAACUUUAAUCCCGCUAUCAAAUCCCGAUAUUGUAAUCGUUAUAAUAAAUUCAAAUGUAAAACACGAACUAACAGGAAGCGAAUAUUCCACCCGCAAAGAGCAGUGCAUUGCGGCCUCGAAAUUAUUAAAUAAGUUCAGUUUGAGGGACGUAACUGACGAGGGUGUUGAAUAUCUCGAAACCCUAAACGCUGACGAGGAUGUAAUCAAACGCGCGAAGCACGUCGUCGGGGAAAUACGUCGGACGAGAAUGGCGGCGGAGGCGCUCAAGGAGGGAAAUUACAAACAGUUCGGAAGACUGAUGAUUGAAAGUCACAAUUCGCUAAGGGACGACUAUGAGGUGUCCUGUCCCGAACUGGAUUCUUUGGUCGAACUUGCUUUGAAAGUGGACGGCGUUUUGGGGAGUCGCAUGACUGGGGGUGGUUUCGGAGGGUGUACUGUGACGAUGGUUCUUGAGCGGGCUGUUGCUAAGCUGAUAACUUACAUCAAGAACAACUACGAGAAAAAUGCAACGUUUUACAUUUGUAAACCAUGCAAUGGUGCGCAAAUCUUGCAGCUAAAACCACAGGGCCACUACUAUUGAAGCUGCAGUUGUCUGAUUUUUAUACUCGUUAGUACCUACAUGGUACAAGUUGGGAUAAAUUUUGUCAUAUUAUAGUUACUUGACCUGCACAGUUUAAUAAAGGAAUUAUUAUUA